AAUAUUCACUAGGAAAAAUGCUGAAAACACCAAAACAAGUCAAUCGAUCCAUUUAGUUUUUAAGGAAGGCUAUAUAUUAAUUCCUGUCUGUAUACAUUGUUCAACUACUGUGCAUUGAACUUUGUUUAAGUUUGCAUUUGCGUGACUUCAGUCGUGGGUGUCGAAAUGGGCCGGAGACCUGCUAGAUGUUAUCGAUAUUGCAAAAACAAACCUUAUCCUAAGUCAAGAUUUUGUCGUGGUGUCCCAGACCCAAAGAUUAGAAUCUUUGAUCUGGGCAAGAAAAAAGCAAAUGUUGAAGAAUUUCCUCUGUGUGUUCAUAUGAUAUCAGAUGAAUACGAACAGCUGUCCAGUGAAGCAUUAGAAGCUGCUCGUAUUUGUGCAAACAAGUAUCUUUUGAAACAUUGUGGAAAAGAUUCAUUUCAUGGUCGGAUACGCGUCCAUCCAUUCCAUGUGAUCCGUAUCAAUAAAAUGCUUUCAUGUGCUGGGGCUGAUCGGUAUGAGAGGUGCAUUCGGAAAGCCCCAGGGAACGGUUGCACGCGUUGAUAUUGGCCAAGUUAUAAUGUCAGUUCGUGCACGUGAUCAACAUCAAGCUCAAGUUAUCGAGGCUCUCAGACGUGCCAAAAUGAAAUUCCCAGGUCGACAAAAGGUAAGUAUUUUAGUGCUGAGUGUGCAGCUCUAGUGUAAACAUUUGACCUUAGAUGACGUCACCGUCGACUGUCACCACAUCCCUAUGAUCAAAACCUAGUAGACCACCUUAAUAAAUACUAAAAUGCCACGGUAAAACAUGGCUUCUCUAUAAUCGUUUGUGAGUAUUGUACUAUCAUCACCUGAAGGUUUUCGCCAUCACCAAUUCAAUCAUUUAGUACUAUAGUAUUCAGUCCUUACAACUACGGUGUUGACUCAAGCGAAUGAAUGUGUAUACUGUUUCUAGUUGCUCGUGGUUAGUAUGUCCUCUAAAAGGCCGUUACACACUACAGAAUACUUACAAAAUGUAUGAUGCACAUUCCAAGAAUCGAUGAUACGGUCAUCGGUUUAGUUCAGUGUGCAAUAAUGAAGUCAAAUAAUCAAAGUUCAUUUACGUGAACUAUGGCCAUUUUGAUACAAGCUUACCUUUCCAGACUAUUGUUAACUCAGGCGAAUGGAUGUGUAUACUGUUUCUAGUUGCUCGUGGUUAGUAUGUCCUCUAAAAGGCCGUUACACACUACAGAAUACUUAAAAAAUGUAUGAUGCACAUUUCAAGGAUCGACGAAACUCGUUGGUUUGCUUUAAUGUGCAAUAUUGAUAUCAAAUAGUCAAGUUUAUUCACGUAAACUAUUAUCGUUUUGAUACAUUUUUGUGGUUCGAGUAAGUUGUAGCUGCCUCUCAAAGUGGUAAUAGAGCUUUAUCGCUUCAGAAUUGAUUGUGUGGGCCUUGUUCUAGCACAUGCAUUUCCAUUAAACAGUGUCCGUAGUUCAUCCAUAAAUUUGCUCUCUAAAAUCGUAGGCAGAUAGUGUACAAACUUGGGUAGCCAUUACCGUAUUGUUAGUAAUUUUCAUGUUUUAUAUGAUGCACAUUCCAAGAAUCGAUGAUACGGUCAUCGGUUUAGUUCAGUGUGCAAUAAUGAAGUCAAAUAAUCAAAGUUCAUUUACGUGAACUAUGGCCAUUUUGAUACAAGCUUACCUUUCUAUACUAUUUGGAAUUUCUAUUUGUAUGAUGUACGUUCACUGGUUUUUAAACUAACUAUAGGGAUAAACAUUCGCACUUGGGCGUUAAUAUACGUUCUUUAAGUUUGUUAUUUACAAACGAAGUACUAGCCAUCUAUACCCGAUAUCGUUCUAACAGUCACCUUAUUAUUGACAAAUUAGGUUUGUGAUAUGUGUCUAAUCCAUGACUUUUAACAAAUAUUUUGUCGCUAAUCGAAAGCUUUAUGUCCAGGCUUACUUCUGUCAUCUAGGUAAACGACCAACUAAAAACUUGAUAAUAGCAAUGUUCACUUUAAGAGAUAGAUGAGGUGUCGUGAGUGCUGUUGAUUGUGACAUGCUACAGUUUCAUUUUACAGCUGCAACCUACACUUAUGUACAGGUUUGGCCAUAUCAAACUGCUCAACUAAAAUACGUGGUCCAAUCUACUAAUCAAGUCCUUCAAAUCCGUAACCCUAGUACUAGGACCUUCCUAGAAGUUAAAGUAUAGUCAUGUCUAAGUAUGUACCUUUCAAUCUUUCCACAACAAUACCACCAUAACUCAUAAACAUGUCAUGCCUCAAGCUCUUUAGUCUCGAGAAACAUUCGAAUCAAACCCUUACGUAUUCCUAACCGUUGUAGGAUCAAAAGCCUCGGAUUUUUUUAUACCAUUGUAUUCCAAAUCAUUAUGAUCUUGAGAUCGUGUUAACAUAAGUCUUAUUAUUUGUCUUCUCGAUGUGUUUGUAUCUAAAUCAAUAGAUAGCCGUGUCACGUAACUGGGGAUUCACAAAAUGGCCUAGAACUAGUUUUAACGAAAUGCGUGCCAAAGGACAACUAGUUUCGGAUGGUGUUGGUGUAAAGUAUCUUCCUUCUCAUGGCCCCUUAGAACAAUGGAAACAAACACAGGCACGUCUAGCUGGAAUCACUGUAUAGAAAAAAUUAGACCACAAUAUAUAUUUGGUAAUAA